AGAACUUUCACGACUCCACCCUUCAUUUUCACAAUUUCACUUGCAACACUUUGAAGACGUGACGCCAAAUCAGAAUGACUGGUGCAUCGGCUCUAGAUCCACCGGCUUUCGUGCGUCUUCUGAAUCGCUUAUUCCGGCAAUGUGGAUUAUUUGUGGCCGACAACGACAAAGCUGUCCUCAUUGUGACCUUACUUCUCACCGCCUUCUGUUCAUCGAAAAUAUGUUUCACGAAACAGGAGGACGACAUCAAGACAGGAUACACUCCUGUCGGAGCCCGGUCACUUGAUGAAAUCGAAGUGUUCUCUGAUUUCUUUGCUUCCACGGGAGAUCCAAUUGCAGUUUUCCUGUUCAUAACUGCAAAGGAUAACUCAUCAAUGGCUGAUUAUAAUACUAUGAAAGAAGUUGUCGAUAUUAUGGAUUAUGUUGGAAGUAACUUGACUCAUAAAGGAGAGUCUUUCUAUACAUUGUGCACUGAUUUCUGCCAAAUUAAUGAACCCGUUAGGCAGUACUAUAAUGGUCUUGCAAUGAAGCAACAAAACCUAUCUGAAGUUGGAUCUCGUUUCCAACUAACCUUCCCAAUGAUGCAAGUUCUUGGUAAAGAGCUUGAUCUGAGCCCAAAUUUCUUUGGUGUCAAAACUGAUGAAGAUGGAAAUGUCGAAUAUGUAAAGAUUAUUAUGCUUCAAAUAAGAGCAAAUAUUCCAAAUGACUGGAAAAAAGAAGAUGCUGCAGAAUAUGAGCGUAUGAUUUCUCAAUAUUUCCAUUUUAAAUACGAUUCAACGCAUGUUACUCCACUUGCAAUGAGUUUAACUUACACCGGAGAUGAAGUUGUUCGUACUGGCCUUACCAUCUUUCCAUUUAUUGGUGUUGGAUUUAUCAUUAUGACUACUUUCUCGAUUAUCACUAUCUACUAUAGUAGCUCUCGUCUUGAUCAAUGGAGUGUUCAUAAAGUAUCUGAAGCAAUUCUUGCGUGUGUCUGCCCACUUCUUGCCACUUCAUCUGCUCUUGGAACUCUUUUCUGGUUUGGUUUCAGAUUUGGAACUAUUCUUUGUGUAACACCGUUUUUGAUUUUGGCCAUUGGUGUUGAUGAUGCUUAUCUUCAAGUUCAUGCUUGCAUGCGUUUGACAGCGGAAGAUAGUUCAAUGACGAAGAGAGAAAAAAUUGCUCGAAUGCUUGUCGAGGUUGGACCAUCAAUUGCAAUUACCUCGAUGACUAAUCUCUUUGCUUUCCUCGUCGGAAUCUACACUCCAACACCUGAAAUUUCUCUUUUCUGUGCUGGAAAUGCUGUUGCUAUCCUUUUCGAUUUCAUCUAUCAAAUCACAAUGUACACUGCCAUCCUCUCCAUUUGUGAGAACCUGGAAAUGAGAAAGAAUGCCACGAAGCGAAAGGAUUCUGGAUUGAGCUUCAAAAAUGAGCAGUUCACCGUAAUGUUGGAUAGCUAUUGUGAUUGGGUUGCCAAUGCCUACACACAUUUGCUUGUUCUUUUCUGCUUCAUUGUCUAUAUUUUUGUUUCCAUUCGUGGAGCAUUGAAUAUUAAUAUCAUCUUAUCACCAGAUAAAUUGGUGAUAGGAGAUUCUCCAUUGCUUCAAGUCAACUAUUUGAGAGAUCAAUUUGUUCUUCCAAAUUAUACAACCGUUAAUAUAUUUGUGCAAAAUCCAGGAAAUCUGACAAUACAAUCCAACCUCGAUUACAUGAAUUCUCUUUUCGACAGUUUCGAAUCCUACCCAGAAUGUCUUGGAAAGAAAUUCAGUCACUAUUUUGUCAGAGAUUAUGAAUCAUUCCGUGAAUCGUCUCUGGAAGAAAUGGAAAUGAUGGAAGACGAAGAAGGAGAUACCAAUAAAACAGCUCUUGAGCCAUUCUCCAAAGCUGCAAUGUCAGAAUUUCUUGCAUGGCCAGAGUUCCAACAUUGGAAUGGAUUUGUGAAGUUUGACAAGAAUGGAAUGCUCUCAAAGUACUGGGCAACUGUAUCUUAUCAUGGAGAAGGACUUGGAGAUUUUCAAGUGAGAAGAAGAAUGUUGAAUAGGUGGAGAGCUACAGCCGAUCAGUUUGCUCCUUUGAAUGUUUCAAUUUUUGAUGAUUAUGCUCCAUUUGUUGAUACACUUGAAACAAUUCUUCCGGCAACAAUCUCGACAUCUGUUUGCACUCUCAUAUGUAUGAUGAUCGUCUGUUUCUUGUUCAUGUACAACGUCUUCACCGUUUUUGUAGCGACCUUGGCCAUCACCUCUAUUUGCAUAGGUGUGUUCGGAUUUCUAUCAAUGUGGGGAAUCGAUUUGGAUCCAAUAUCGAUGGCUUGCUUAAUCAUGAGUAUUGGAUUUUCGGUGGAUUUCCCUGCUCAUAUUACAUUCCAUUAUUUUAGAGAAGGACUUCAUGAUCCACAAUCAACACCAGCAAAGAGAGUUGCAAGAUCCCUCGCCGCUAUAGGAUUUCCACUUUUACAAUGUGGUUUAUCAACGAUUCUAUUCGUUCUUUGCUUACUUUUUGUUCCAACCUAUAUGGGCGAAGUUUUCGUGAAGACAAUGAUCCUUGUGGUGACACUGGGUCUCAUCCAUGGGCUUUUUAUUGUUCCUGCAUUCCUAUGUGCUUUCACAGCGAUACAUCAAACUUGCUUCUCAUCUUCAAGAGUUGCUCAUUCACAGUCAUUUUCGUCGCUUGCCAAACUGUUUUCAUGGAGGAUUUCCCCAUCAACAAGUGACAACAAAAUCUCAGCAUAAACUCAACAGUCACCUCAUAACCGUUUUCACUUUCUCCCCAACGGGUUUUGACUAUAAUCCAAUUGUUUUUCUGUUUUCCACCAUUUCUCCGAUCUCUUUCCAUAUAGUUUUUUUCCAGAAGUUUCCGCCGUUUUCCAGUGUUUACUUUCACAAAUACGAGUCUUCCUGUUUCCAUUUCUCUCAUUUGUCUCUUUACAUUGAUUUUUGUUUAAAAAAUAAAACUGAAAUAAAACUAAUCAUGAAUCA